AUGUAUUUUUCUUUUUCCCAUUCUUUCUCAUUUCCGUCCUCUCUUCUUAUUUUCACUGUUCUUUCUUUCUUUUUCCUUCCUUCCUUCCUUCCUUCCUUCCUUCCUUCCUUCCUUCCUUCCUUCCUUCCUUCCUAUGAGAUUGUUUCCCCUUCCUUUCUUUGUAUUGAGCUUUCUUUCUUCUUUUUCAACUUUCAUUCUUCUUUUUCUUACCUUUUCAAUUCUCUCUUUUUUCUUUCUUUCUUUCUUUCUUUUAAGCUUUUCCCUUUCUACCUCCUUUUUUAUUUAUGCCAUUAUCUUUUUCUCUUUGUCACUCUUUCUUUUUUAUCUUUCAUUCAUUUAUUUUAUUACUUUCAACGUUCUCCUUCAUCAUUUCUUUCUUUCUUUCUUUUUACCUUUUUCCUUUCUAUCUUCUUUUUUUUAUAUUUUGCAAUCUUUUUCUCUUUCUGUUUCUUUCGUUUUCAUUUUUCAUUCACUCCUGUUAUUACUUUCGCCGUUCUCUUUCUUUCUGCCUCGCUUUUUUCUUUCUUUCUUUCUUUCUUUCUUUCUUUCUUUCUUUCUUUCUUUCUACAUUCUUUUUUAUUCAUUUUACUACCUUUGUCUCUUUCUCUUUCUUUCUUUCCUCUUCAAUUCACUCCUUUUAUUACUUUUAACGUUCUCCUCCAGCAUUUCUUUCUUUCUUUCUUUCUUUCUUUCUCCAAUGCAAACGACUAUUCGAGCAACUGCCAGAACGUUUAUCUAUCUAUCUAUCUAUCUAUCUAUCUAUCUAUCUAUCUAUCUAUCUAUCUAUCUAUCUCUCUCUCUCUCUCUCUCUCUCUCUAUAUAUAUAUAUAUAUAUAUAUAUAUAUAUAUAUAUAA